ACAGCGUCUUCUCCGCAAGGCACACAGGCUGCCCUCGUAGGGGCGAGCGCGGCUCGCGCGCGCGCGCGCCGUGCCGGGGCCGGCCGCCUGCCUGCCGCCCCCCGCCGCCCCGCGCACCCGCGCCCACAGCGGGGGUCGCCGCGCGCAGCGGACGGCGCGCCGACUCGGCUUGCGCGCAGAGUUUUGACACAGUUUCGCGCGCGCGCAGGUGAGCUGCGAACGAUGCUGGCUGCUGUAUCUGCGCUCCCUCUCGGUGCCCCGGCGUCGGGGCCCGCUGCUUCUCCGUCGCAGAUCCUCGUCCUCGGGAUGCACCACGCGGGCACGUCGAUCGUCGCAAACUUGACCAUGAUGCUGGGCGCCAACGGCGGCGCGCGCGAGGAGAUGCUGCUGCACCCAUCCAAUCCGCUCAAAUACUGGGAGCGCGCCGACGUGGUCGGCCUCGACGAGGAGCGGCUGGCUGCGGGCGUGGAUGCGGCCGCCGCGCGCUACACUCUGCCUGACUGGGUGGCGUACGGCUUCGAUGCCGACAAACCAGCGACCAAGGUGCACUCGACGGCGGAGGCGAAGGGCGUCGUGGCAAAACUCAACGCCCAGCGUCCGUGGGUGACAAAAGACCCGCGCAUGUCCCUCGUCGCCUCGGAGUGGGUCGAGCUGCUCGACGCGCCCGCCUGCGUCAUCGUGCACCGCGAGCCCCUCUCCAUCGCCAACUCGAUGAUGAUCUACUCGCACAAUGUCUCGUACGCCGAGUGGGCAGCGGUCUACGAGGCGUACUAUGGCGGCGUCGCGCGCGCCUGCGCCAACGUGCCAACCGCCGUGGUCCACCACGAGCAGCUCAUGGCGCAGCCGUACGCCGCGCUGACAAAACUGCACGCGGACCUCUCCGCCCUCGGUGUUGAGCGGCUCACCAUGCCCACCGAGGAGCGCAUCAACGCGCUUCUGCGCCCGUCGCCCAAGAAGCCGGUCACCUACCUCGCCUCGGAGCGCAAGGUGCUCGGCGCGGCCGCGCCGGCCCUCUCCGACUCCAUCUCGCGCGGCGAGGUCGUGAGCCGCCCCGCUUCGCCGUGGCUCUUCAAGCCGCUGCGCAAGUCGCAGGCCUACGCCACCCUCCUGACGACGGACAACGCCGACUACUUCCGCGGCGCCCUCGUGCUCGGCUCCUCGAUCCGCUCCUUCGACUCGGCGCGCGACAUGGUGUGCCUCGUCACGUCGUCGGUGCCCGAGGAGUGGCGCUCCGCCCUCACCGUCGCCGGCUGGACCGUCGCCGUCGUCGACGAGGUUGCCGAGUUUUGGUUCGGAAAGUCGGAGGAGUGCUCCAGGUUUGACAAGGACCAGGGCGAGCGGUGGGGCCACAUGGCCACCAAGCUGCGGCUGUGGCAGCAGCUCAAGUACGAGCGCAUCCUCUACCUGGACGCCGACACGGUCCUCACCGGCGACGCCUCGGGCGCCUUCGACAAGGUCAAGGGUUUCGCCGCCGAGCGCGCCCGCUUCCACUCGUACUUCAACGCGGGCGUGAUGAUGCUGUCGCCGUCCGAGGCCACCUACCAGGACCUGCUCGCCGAGGGCAGCAAGGAGCACAAGAACAAGUUUGGCAACGUGAUCGACUGCACCGAGCAGGCCCUCCUCAACUCGUACUACGACGGUUCCACGCCCGAGCGUGGCGUCACCAAGCUCGCCAUCGGCCGCGCCGACGUGGCCAACGACUGGCAGGCUGCCGGCGCGCCCUUCGCGGUGCACUGGAUCACGCACUCGUGCCCCAAGCCGUGGGUGGUGGCCGACGGCGAGGUGGCGGUGCCGUCCGACUGCGACGCGGUGGUGUACGCCUACUGGAAGCGCGUGUGGGACCGCCUGACCUCCUCGGCCACCGACGAGUCCUCCAAGGGCAGCUUUGGCAGCCGGAACGGCGCGCGCCGCAUGCUGCGCCGCCUCUCGGGCGUCAGCGCGGGCCACUCGAUGGCGCACAAGCCGACGCUCUCGGAGCUCGCCUCGGACGUGCACACGAGCAUCGGCCGCCAGCUCCGAGAGGUGAUGGCCUCGAGCCGCCACGGCCACUCGCGCAUGCUCCGCCGCCGCCGCUGGAAGCGCGACGCUGAGUACGACUCGGGCUGGGGCGAGAACACGAUCGCGUGGAUCGCGAUCAUCGGCACGCUUCUGCUGGGCCUCGGCGCGGGCGCGCUCCUGCACAAGCUCUUCAUCAAGGCGCCGGUCGCCGUCUCGAAGAACAUGACCGUCGUCCAGGCCAAGCGGAUGGGCUUCCAGGCGCUGGGCGAGGGCAAGGGGCCCGUCGGCGUCGUGAGCGCGGUGGACGACGACGACGACGAGGAGGAGGAGGAGGAGGAGCCGGUCAAGAAGUAGGGGGGGCGCUAGGGUUGCCCGCACCCGGCGGCCCGGCCAAAAGACGCGCCGGGCGGUGCGGGCUUUUGACAGGCUUUUGAUUUGAGACCAUAUGGAGAUGGCUAGUGGCGCGCGGCUGGGUUGUUGGGAACGGUCCUCGCCGCGGGUGUCCCAGUGUGUGUGCCGCCGGCGCUCGUAUGCCUCGACGGCUCGGGGAGGGGAGGCGCGGGUGCCGGGGCUGGGGUAGGGAGGGGGGCAGCGGUCUCCUGAGCCACACUGUCUCGUCGUCAGAGAGCGGGGGGCGCGCGAGCGCGCGGCCCGUCGGACUCGCAGUGAUUGUUUCCGGGUGUUCUUGUUUCUUUGGUAUACAACAUUACAUCCCUCCCC